AAGGAUUAGGGUUUUUUUUUCUUAAAUUGUGUGUAUCAUCUUUUAUUACUUGCAGUAAUCAUCCUUUCGGUGUUUGUUUAAUGCUUGCUGCCAAACAAUUAGCUAGAAUAUAAUAAUGUUUUCUCAUCUAUUUUAGGGUUUACAGUAAUGAAACGCUGCAUGGCAUCUCCCUGUCACCAUGGUCAUUUUGGACUUCCUCACAUGGGGCGCAGUUAGUCCAGCAGGAUCAGAUGGGCGACACUGUAAACACACUGCGCUCUUCACACCAGAUAUUUGGCUUCAUUCGUCUCUCUACAAGAGCUAAACGAUGGGUGAUAUUUACCAAUAUCCCGUUUUCUUCGAUUGUCACAGGCUGCUCGCGGGGCAGAUUGAGAAAAUAGAAAAGUAUUUCCGUGUUCGCCACAAAUCAGGCGGAGGGGACUGCGGAGCGCUGACGCGUGUGGAUGAUAACGUCUACAGCCUUGCUUUCAAAUAUGAGGAAAAUCAGCAGGCAGUCCUUCAGAGAUCUGAGCAUGUUGUGGAUGGUCUGGUGAUCACUGUCCGAGGCAGCCUGGAACCUCGCACCCCCUCUCCCAUCACCACCUCCACUGCAGCUCAGCGCCCACAGGCCAUUCCUGCCUCAACUCCUCCACCAAGUUGUGAAAAAUAUGAACUACAACUUGAUACUUACCUCCUUCGUUACCUAAAGGAAUGUCCCAAGGCUGGGAAAGAACUAGAGAAAGAACUUGCCUCUGUGGCCUGCUCUGCCCAGCUUUACCCAGAGGAGGGGAGGGUUUUAGUCAGGAGUUUAGCUCAACCUGGUGCUGUAGAUGAAGCUAGAAAUUGGAAAGUCAAGGUAGGCAAAAUAUUUGAUGGCUACCUGUGCCACUAUGAGGUGUUCCUUCCCAAAGUUACAGCUUUGCUUCAGUCCUGCAGCUCUGAUCAGACCACAGAUGAGGUGAAAGUGUACAACGAGCUUGGGGUGGCUGUUGUGGUUGGGAAACAUUCUCAGGUGAACGCCAGGUUGAUGGAUGUAGAGGACAGGUCAGGUUUAAGUGAGAAGCAAACCAGCAUUCGUCAACUGGGCAAGGCCAAGCUCCGCCUCCUCUGGAAAGAGAUUGAGCACAGUUUGCGACGAGAUUUUCCAGGAGUGAAGGUCACGCAGGGAGAUGCAGGUCAGUUAGUUUUGGAAGGCACUGUGGAGGAGAUUCUUAGGGCUGGAGAUUGGAUCUCUGAUAAGGAGAAUUUGGUGUUAGAAAGGACAGUUUCUGAUAGGAGCCCACAUUUUUUGGCCUUUCUAAGGAAGGCAUACGGAGGUCCGGGGGUGCUAAGUGACUUUUUAGGGGUUGGUAACAAAGUGGAAGUAGAGUUACGAGACACAGAGCUACGUUUCUUCACUCUCUCUGCUGAUAAACUGGAUGACACAGAGAAACUGCAAGAAAAAUUCAAGGAAGUCAAGAUUGAUGUGCCUAACUGCUCUGCUGUGCCAUCUGAGCUUCGGGAAAAGCUGAAGUCCAAGACAAAUGAGAUGAACCAAGGGCAACAUAGGGCUCAGGUCGUGUUUGGCUCAGACAGCGCAGUGUGCUUACUGGGCCACACGAAAGAGGUUGAAGAGCUGAGUGAAGUUGUCAUACAGUUUAUUUUGGACCAGUCUAGCGUGCAAAGCAGGGUUGCACAGAAUUUGGCAUCUUUAAGUUUACGUGAAGUAAACACAACAGUGGCUAGCUACAGCCUUCGUGACGGGCUCCAGGUGCUGGUGUGUCAGGGUGACAUCACCAAACAGGAUGCUGAUGCCCUGGUGAACGCUGCCAAUGAAGAUCUGGACCACUGUGGAGGUGUUGCUGCUGCCCUGAGUAAAGCAGGCGGUCCUGAAGUACAGAGUGAAAGCAGUGACUUAGUAAAGUAUAUUGGGAAAGUCCCUAAAGGUGAAGUGGUAGUGACCACAGGGGGGAGCUUAAACUGCAAGAAACUGCUGCAUGCUGUUGGUGGAGAAGCAGGUGGCAGAGAAAGGAACUUACUCAAAAAAACUGUCCAUUCUGCUCUGAAUUUAGCAGAAAUCAUGGAGUUCCAGUCUAUAGCCAUGCCCUGUAUCAGUUCAGGCAUGUUUGGUGUUCCUGUCACUGUGUGCUCUGAGGCUAUUGUAACUGCUGUUAAAGAGUUUGGCAGUCAGGGAGGGCGAAGUCUGAGCAGAAUAAUCCUGAUUGAUAACAGAGGAGAGGUGGUGAGGGCCAUGCAGGAAGCAUGUGACAGACUUCUCCAAGUGACAAACCGAAACGGUGCACCAAGUGAUUUGGGAUUCCAGUUGGAUGUUGCCCAAGAUGACACAGAAAAAGGAGCCACUGCUGGAGCUCCUGGAGAUGGUGUCAGUCUAGAGAUCAUUCAGGGAACCAUCGAGACCCAGCAGGUGGAUGCCCUGGUAUCGCCCAUGGUUGGCCAUGAUCCUCUCUCUACCCGUGUUGGAAACACUUUGUCCAAGAUGGUUGGAUCCCAGCUGACUGCAGGAUUUAGAAAGGAAGCAGGAGAAGCAACGCUGCCUGGUGACACAGUCCUGGUGGAGGGCUUGCCUGGACUUCCAUCUAAUGCAGUGUUCUUCGUCAACCUCGUUCCCUGGGAUGAUGACCAGGAUGGAAUUGCAGUCCAGGUUCUGAGACUGGGCAUCAACACAAUCCUAACUUCCUGUGAGAAUAGAGGGUUUGGAUCUGUUGCUCUCCCUGUGCUCGGGGCUGGGAUUGCCCUGCAUUUUCCUGACAGCGUGGUAGCCAGGGUUCUACUGGAGGAAGUUCAUAAGUUUGACCUGAACCGAGACAGCAGAACACCAUUGCUGGUCCGCAUCGUCAUCCACCCCAGUGACGAAGAGUCUAGUGAGGUGUUCACAUCUGUCCAGGAAGCUUUCCAACUGAAAAGAUUCACAAAAGAUCUUCACCAACCAGACCAAGUGUCAACUCCAAAGAGGAUCGUCCUGCUGGGAAAAACUGGAUCUGGGAAAAGCAACCUAGCUAACACCAUAUUGGGAGAGAAAUUGUUUACCAUAAACCAUUCUCCCAUGUCUGGAACACGAAAAUGUCAAGCAGAAACCAAAUCUGUCAAUGGAAGAAGCAUCACUUUGAUCGACACUCCUGGUUUCUUUGAUGCAGAUAGAUCUGAGGAGGACAUGAAGCCUGAGAUAGUGAGCUGUAUCACAGAGUGCGCCCCUGGGCCUCAUGCUUUUCUCAUUGUGCUUAAAGUGGAGAAAUUCACAGAGCAGGAGCAGGCUGUCAUCACUAAAAUCUGCCAGUAUUUCUCUGAAGAUGCUCUAAAAUAUGCUGUAAUUGUCUUCACUCAUGGUGACCAGCUCCCGAAAGGAAUGAAAAUUGAGGAGUUUGUCAGUCAGAAUAAGAAUCUGAGUGACCUGGUGAAGAAGUGCGGAGGCCGGUGCCACGUCAUUGAUAAUAAAUACUGGAAGAACAAAGUGCAGAACAACUACAGGAGCAACCAGUUCCAGGUGGAGGACCUACUCAACACAAUAGACAAGAUGGUGAUGGAAAACAAUGGAGGCUACUAUGUCAAUAAGAUGUUACAAGCAGUGGAGAAAGAAAUACAGAGAGAAGAGCACAUAAGACAGACAUCAGACAACAUGCCAGUGGAAGAGAUCAGGAAACAGGCUAAAACCAGAGUGUCUGAGAGGUUUCUGAUCCAACUGGCAGGUACUGCAACAGGAGCAUUGUUAGGAGCUUUUUUGGUGUGGCAGAAAUGGGAGCUUGUUGAGAAUCUGAAGAAGUCAAGCACCCAGCAGGCUGCUCCCCCUGCUGCUGUGGCCUGUGCCGGCCCGGCAGAUGUCGCCUGUGAUUUCUGCUAUCAGCAGGCAGUGCUUCAGAGAUCUGAGCAUGUUGUGGAUGGUCUGGUGAUCACUGUCCGAGGCAGCCUGGAACCUCGCACCCCCUCUCCCAUCACCACCUCCACUGCAGCUCAGCGCGCACAGGCCAUUCCUGCCUCAACUCCUCCACCAAGUUGUGAAAAAUAUGAACUACAACUUGAUACUUACCUCCUUCGUUACCUAAAGGAAUGUCCCAAGGCUGGGAAAGAACUAGAGAAAGAACUUGCCUCUGUGGCCUGCUCUGCCCAGCUUUACCCAGAGGAGGGGAGGGUUUUAGUCAGGAGUUUAGCUCAACCUGGUGCUGUAGAUGAAGCUAGAAAUUGGAAAGUCAAGGUAGGCAAAAUAUUUGAUGGCUACCUGUGCCACUAUGAGGUGUUCCUUCCCAAAGUUACAGCUUUGCUUCAGUCCUGCAGCUCUGAUCAGACCACAGAUGAGGUGAAAGUGUACAGCGAGCUUGGGAUGGCUGUUGUGGUUGGGGAAAGAGCUCAGGUGAACGCCAGGUUGAUGGAUGUAGAGGACAGGUCAGGUUUAAGUGAGAAGCAAACCAGCAUUCGUCAACUGGGCAAGGCCAAGCUCCGCCUCCUCUGGAAAGAGAUUGAGCACAGUUUGCGACGAGAUUUUCCAGGAGUGAAGGAGCCCACAUUUUUGGCCUUUCUAAGGAAGGCAUACGGGAGGUCCGGGGUGCUAAGUGACUUUUUAGGGGUUGGUAACAAAGUGGAAGUAGAGUUACGAGACACAGAGCUACGUUUCUUCACUCUCUCUGCUGAUAAACUGGAUGACACAGAGAAAAAACUGCAAGAAAAAUUCAAGGAAGUCAAGAUUGAUGUGCCUAACUGCUCUGCUGUGCCAUCUGAGCUUCGGGAAAAGCUGAAGUCCAAGACAAAUGAGAUGAACCAAGGGCAACAUAGGGCUCAGGUCGUGUUUGGCUCAGACAGCGCAGUGUGCUUACUGGGCCACACGAAAGAGGUUGAAGAGCUGAGUGAAGCUGUCUUACAGUUUAUUUUGGACCAGUCUAGCGUGCAAAGCAGGGUUGCACAGAAUUUGGCAUCUUUAAGUUUAUGUGAAGUAAACACAACAGUGGCUAGCUACAGCCUUCGUGACGGGCUCCAGGUGCUGGUGUGUCAGGGUGACAUCACCAAACAGGAUGCUGAUGCCCUGGUGAACGCUGCCAAUGAAGAUCUGGACCACUGUGGAGGUGUUGCUGCUGCCCUGAGUAAAGCAGGCGGUCCUGAAGUACAGAGUGAAAGCAGUGACUUAGUAAAGUAUAUUGGGAAAGUCCCUAAAGGUGAAGUGGUAGUGACCACAGGGGGGAACUUAAACUGCAAGAAACUGCUGCAUGCUGUUGGUGGAGAAGCAGGUGGCAGAGAAAGGAUCUUACUCAAAAAAACUGUCCAUUCUGCUCUGAAUUUAGCAGAAAUCAUGGAGUUCCAGUCUAUAGCCAUGCCCUGUAUCAGUUCAGGCAUGUUUGGUGUUCCUGUCACUGUGUGCUCUGAGGCUAUUGUAGCUGCUGUUAAAGAGUUUGGCAGUCAGGGAGGGCGAAGUCUGAGCAGAAUAAUCCUGAUUGAUAACAGAGGAGAGGUGGUGAGGGCCAUGCAGGAAGCAUGUGACAGACUUCUCCAAGUGACACAAACCAGAAACGGUGCACCAAGUGAUUUGGGAUUCCAGUUGGAUGUUGCCCAAGAUGACACAGAAAAAGGAGUGACUGCUGGAGCUCCAGGAGAUGGUGUCAGUCUAGAGAUCAUUCAGGGAACCAUCGAGACCCAGCAGGUGGAUGCUCUGGUAUCGCCCAUGGUUGGCCAUGAUCCUCUCUCUACCCGUGUUGGAAACACUUUGUCCAAGAUGGUUGGAUCCCAGCUGACUGCAGGAUUUAGAAAGGAAGCAGGAGAAGAAACGCUGCCUGGUGACACAGUCCUGGUGGAGGGCUUGCCUGGACUUCCAUCUAAUGCAGUGUUCUUCCUCAACCUCGUUCCCUGGGAUGAUGACCAGGAUGGAAUUGCAGUCCAGGUUCUGAGACUGGGCAUCAACACAAUCCUAACUUCCUGUGAGAAUAGAGGGUUUGGAUCUGUUGCUCUCCCUGUGCUCGGGGCUGGGAUUGCCCUGCAUUUUCCUGACAGCGUGGUAGCCAGGGUUCUACUGGAGGAAGUUCAUAAGUUUGACCUGAACCGAGACAGCAGAACACCAUUGCUGGUCCACAUCGUCAUCCACCCCAGUGACGAAGAGUCUAGUGAGGUGUUCACAUCUGUCCAGGAAGCUUUCCAACUGAAAAGAUUCACAAAAGAUCUUCACCAACCAGACCAAGUGUCAACUCCAAAGAGGAUCGUCCUGCUGGGAAAAACUGGAUCUGGGAAAAGCAACCUAGCUAACACCAUAUUGGGAGAGAAAUUGUUUACCACAAACCAUUCUCCCAACUCUGGAACACGAAAAUGUCAAGCAGAAACCAAAUCUGUCAUUGGAAGAAGCAUCACUUUGAUCGACACUCCUGGUUUCUUUGAUGCAGAAAGGUCUGAGGAGGACAUGAAGCCUGAGAUAGUGAGCUGUAUCACAGAGUGCGCCCCUGGGCCUCAUGCUUUUCUCAUUGUGCUUAAAGUGGAGAAAUUCACAGAGCAGGAGCAGGCUGUCAUCACUAAAAUAUGCCAGUAUUUCUCUGAAGAUGCUCUAAAAUUUGCUGUAAUUGUCUUCACUCAUGGUGACCAGCUCCCGAAAGGAAUGAAAAUUGAGGAGUUUGUCAGUCAGAAUAAGAAUCUGAGUGACCUGGUGAAGAAGUGCGGAGGCCGGUGCCAUGUCAUUGAUAAUAAAUACUGGAAGAACAAAGUGCAGAACAACUACAGGAGCAACCAGUUCCAGGUGGAGGACCUACUCAACACAAUAGACAAGAUGGUGAUGGAAAACAAUGGAGGCUACUAUGUCAAUAAGAUGUUACAAGCAGUGGAGAAAGAAAUACAGAGAGAGGAAGAGCACAUAAGACAGACAUCAGACAACAUGCCAGUGGAAGAGAUCAGGAAACAGGCUAAAACCAGAGUGUCUGAGAAGUUUCUGAUCCAACUGGCAGGUACUGCAACAGGAGCAUUGUUAGGAGCUUUUUUUGGUGUGGCAGAAAUGGUUGGAUUAGUUAUCAAAGCUCUGCAGAACGUUAAAACGUUAAUGACACUCGCACAAAGAAUUCCAGCACUAGGAGAAACAUGCGCUGCUGCAGCAGCAGGAGGAGCAGAAGUAGCAUUCGCUGCUGGAGUUGUGGCAGGUGUGACUGCAGCGGCAGCAGGAGCAGUAAUAGGUGGUGGUAUUGGACAUGAUGCAGCUGAGGGAGCAGAAACACCAUGGGAGGCAGUAGAGAUGGCAGCUAAUGCUGUCAUCAACAAAGGAAAAGCUACAUUAUAGCGAUUAUAGCCGAACUACAAUGUAUCAAAUGACAAUCUGAAAUUGUGACACUGUGCUAGAUGUGUAAACAAGCAACUGUUUGCUAACAAGUUCGCCAAUACUGUGUUCACAGAUUGUUUCCGCUGCUCCUGUGGCAAAAAGUGGCCAAAAAAAAGCUUUGCUUAGCAUUGACUGC